AUGGACCCCCGCCACAAAUUGUACAAGGAAUUGAACAGCCUUACAGUCGACCCGAACAGCAGUAUGAGUGCAAGAACGGAUUCCGAGGCCGCGCAGAAUGCGGCGAACAGUGGCAUCACCCCCGAGGCCAUCAAGCAGAAGCUGCAAGAGGGGUUGGGCGCGACGCACGUGGAGAUUGAAGAUAUGAGUGGUGGAUGCGGGCAGAUGUUUGAAGCGAUCAUAGUAUCCCCUCAGUUUGCUAAGAAGACGACCCUGGCUAGGCAUCGGUUGGUCAAUGGCGUGCUCAAGGGAGAGAUCGCGGCGAUACAUGCAUGGACGCCCAAAUGCCACACGCCUGAGGAAUGGGAGAAGAAGAAGCCGCAAGCAUGA